AUGGAGAUGGAAGAAUCUUCUGCUUCUGCUCCUAAUUCAAACCAAUUACAGGAGAAGCAGCCAGUCCAAGAAAUCCCAACCAUCAAUUUCGUCCCUGAUGAAGUCCUUGAGGACAUCCUCACGAGGCUUCCAGUCAAGUCCGUCCUGAGGUUCAGGUGCGUUUCAAAAUCCUGGUUUGCCUUAAUCUCUAGCCAGCAUGCUGCAUUGAGUUCAGCCAUCACUGCCACUGCCGAGACAACUCCAACCAAUAUCGAUCAUCCCAUGAGAUUCGAUCGCGGUAGUAUGCCUUAUAUUGUGGGCUCUUGUAAUGGUUUGGUGUGUCUUAAAAUUCCUAGAAAGCAACUUUGUUAUGGUUUUGGAUAUGAUGAGUCUAAUGAUGAUUACAAAAUAGUUGCCAUUUCCCUUGUGAAAGUUUCUGAUGCUAUGGGUAAAAAAAUUCGGGUUGAGGUUUAUAGUCUCAAAACUGAUUCGUGGAGGAGGAUUGAGGUAACAUUAAGUUGCAAGGAUGUUUGGAGGAUGGAGAAGUAUGGUGUUAAAGAGUCUUGGACUAAAGUGCUGUCGAUUCCUAAUCUGAGUGGCCCUAAUGGUGGGAUUUCCGGGCAAGCUAUUUUUCUAUCAAAGGAAGGAGAAAUUGUGUGUAAAUUUCGGGAAGUUUUAGCCCUUUACGAUCCAAAACAUAAUACUCACGUGCAUCUGCGAAUUACUAAUUUGGGAGCUCUUUCACAAGUAAAUGUGUAUGUUGAGAGCCUGGUUUUGCCUAAUGCUGUUGAAGGGGUACCAGUGCACUGGGCUUGA